AUGAUUAGCGAAGGAAGAAACAACCACCUCAUCGACAAUUGGAAAUGUUUGGUCAUUUGCUGUGCGGUCAGCAUGGCCAAUUGCCAGUAUGGCUUUGAUACCGCUGCUGUCGCUGGUUUCCAGGCCAUGAUCGGUUUCCUCGAAGUCUUUGGCUACAAGGACCCGAAAGUCAAAUCCGGCUGGAAUAUCAAUACCAAGCCUCAGCAGCUGAUUUCAAGCUUCCUCAACGUCGGUACCAUUGUCGCGGUGCUCCUCGGCGGUCCAUUUUCCCAUCGGUUCGGUCGCAAACCGGCAAUCUGGAUUGCCGCCGUCGUAUCGAUGGUGGCAUGCGGCGUCCAGGUCGGAGCCAAUGGUCUUGCAGGCCUCUAUGCCGGCAGGAUUCUUCUGGGGCUGGGGAACGGCUGGUUCAUCUUGUUCAGCAACAUCAUGACGGUGGAGCUGGCUCCCCCACAGCACCGGGCCUUGCUUGCCUCGUUCUUUGGAUUUUGGGUGAAUCUCGGAAGCAUUCUCGGAGCCGUUGCCGACAACUAUAGCAAGAACCUGCACAGCCGUCUGGCAUAUCGGAUUCCUCUGGCUUCGUUAUUCGCGAUCCCAUUCCUGCUCAGUAUCUUCCUAUUCUUUGUCCCAGAAUCGCCUCGCUGGCUCCUUUUGCAAAACAGGCCAGAAGAGGCCCGCCGAGCAUUGGAGAGCAUCAGAGGCAAAUCUCUCAAGGCAGAGCUUUUGAACGAGGAGUUCGUCGAGAUGCAAAGAGGGAUUGACCAAGAAAAAGAACUAGCAUCGACAACCUCGGUCUUGGACAUGUUCAAGGGUACCGAUCGCCGGCGGACGAUCCUGGCAGCGGGGGCUAUCGCAUCGCAUGCAGCGUCUGGAGUCUGGUUCACAAUCUCGUACAGCACGUUCUUCUACCAGAUGGCAGGCAUCGACAAGCCAUUCCAGGCGACCAUUCUGCAGAAUUGUCUCGGAUUGAUCGGCGCAAUGUGCGGCAUGUUUCUAAUGCACAAAGUCUUUGGCCGCCGCACGAUGCUUUUGAUCGGAUCUGCCGGCUGCUGCAUCUGCAUGUUGGUCAUUGGUUUGUUGAGCCUUGCUGGACAUGGAAAAAGUGCUGGCCAAGCGCUGGUGGGCUUUGCGCUGAUGUUCAGUUUCUUCUACAAUGGCUUCACGGGCACGAUUACCUGGCCGAUUGCAGGGGAGCUUGUCAGCUCUCGACUGCGAGUCUUCAGUGUUGGCCUCGGCACUGGCAUCAACUAUUUCUUCAACUGGCUGAUCUCGUACUGCACACCAUAUUUCCUGAAUGCGAACAAUCUCGACUGGGGGGCGAAGUAUGGCUACAUUUGGGCGGGGUCGAAUGCGAUUGCAUUCGUGUUUUUCUUCUUCCUCAUCCCGGAGACCAAAGGACGUUCGUUGGAGGAAAUCGAUGAGAUGUUUGUCAACAAGGUGCCGCGCAGUCAAUUCAAGACAUAUCAAUGCGUCUCAUCAGAGAGGGCCCGCGAGAUCGCUGAAAAGGAGCUCGACGAAGUUACGAAGAGUGGCAUCACUGUCCACGCUGAGAAGGUCUGA